AUGAAUUUUGUCUGCCUAGAGAUCCGUGGGCUUUUCACUAGUGAACACAGUAGCAGACGUAGAAUGCGGACUCUGCCUCAAACACGUGUAUAUUUCUCACAAGAUCUCAGUUAUAGUAUCAUUGUGAGACAUUGGCUGGUAUCGUUCGAAAUUUGUUCCAUUGCAAAUUAUAAUUCCGCGACUUUGUUUGAGAGCAUUUCAAUUGUCAAAUACAAAAAGGCUCUCGUAGCCGAUCUGCUGUAUAUGGGGCUAUAUAAGCUCCAAUGUACACUAGUUCACAAAAAAAACAAGUUCUUAAAACCAUUUGUAGUGUAUCUUAAACAAAGAAAAUUGUCUACUUCAAUUUACCAUGAUAAAAGCUUUGUAACCAUUGAUCAAAUGGAAACUUUCCUGUGA